GUGAGGCGCGCGGCGGGGCGCGGGCAGCGGCGGGGCCGGAGCAACAUGGCGCCGGGGGGCGGGGGCGGGCGGCGGGGCGGCUGGCCGGCCCGAGGGCGCCUCCUCCUGGCCGCGCUGCUGCUGCCGCUAUGGAUGCGGGCGGCCAGCGGCCAGAGCAGCCCCCCGCAGAGCGUGAUCCUGGGCAUGAGGCUGGCGAGCUGCAACAAGUCGUGCGGGAUGAACUCGGACGGCAUCAUCUUCGUGUCCGAGGGCAGCACGGUGAACCUGAGGCUCUACGGCCACAGCCUGGGCGAGAUCUCCAGCAACCUCAUCUCCUUCACCGAGGUGGACGACGCCGAGACGGUCCACAACUCCACCAACUGCCUGGAGCUCACCAAGGACUUAGUGGUCCAGCGGCUGGUCAACGUGAGCCGCGGGAACACGUCGGGGAUGCUAGUGGUGCUCACCAAGUUCCUGCGGAGGAGCGAGAACAUGAAGCUGUACGCGCUGUGCACCCGGGCCCGGGUGGACGGGCCCUGGCUCAAAUGGACGGACAAGGACUCCCUGCUCUUCAUGGUGGAGGAGCAUGGGAGGUUUCUGCCGCUCUGGCUGCACAUCCUUCUCGUUUUGGUGCUCUUAGUGCUGUCGGGCAUAUUUUCUGGCCUCAACUUGGGGCUUAUGGCCCUGGACCCGAUGGAGCUGCGCAUCGUGCAGAACUGUGGUACUGAAAAGGAGAGAAGGUACGCCCGCAAGAUAGAGCCCAUCCGGCGCAAGGGCAACUACUUGCUCUGCUCGCUGCUCUUGGGGAAUGUGCUAGUCAACACCUCCCUCACCAUCCUUCUCGACAACCUCAUCGGGUCUGGCAUCAUGGCCGUGGCCUCCUCCACCAUUGGUAUCGUCAUCUUUGGGGAGAUCUUACCUCAAGCCCUGUGCUCCCGACACGGGCUGGCUGUGGGUGCCAACACUAUCGUUCUCACCAAAAUCUUCAUGCUGCUCACCUUUCCUCUGAGUUUCCCCAUUAGCAAACUCCUGGACUUCGUCCUGGGACAGGAGAUUCGCACUGUUUACAAUCGGGAGAAGCUGAUGGAGAUGCUGAAGGUGACGGAACCCUAUAAUGACCUAGUGAAGGAGGAAUUAAAUAUGAUCCAGGGCGCCCUGGAACUAAGGACCAAAACUGUAGAGGAUAUCAUGACCCAGCUCCACGACUGCUUCAUGAUCCGCAGCGACGCCAUCCUGGACUUCAACACCAUGUCGGAGAUAAUGGAAAGUGGCUAUACUCGCAUUCCUGUGUUCGAAGACGAGCAAUCCAAUAUCGUAGAUAUCCUGUAUGUCAAAGACUUGGCUUUCGUGGACCCCGAUGACUGCACCCCGCUCAAGACUAUCACUCGCUUCUACAACCACCCGGUUCAUUUUGUUUUCCAUGACACCAAGCUGGAUGCCAUGCUGGAGGAAUUCAAGAAGGGGAAGUCCCACCUGGCCAUUGUGCAGAAGGUGAACAAUGAAGGUGAGGGGGACCCCUUCUACGAGGUGCUGGGCUUGGUCACCCUGGAGGACGUCAUUGAGGAGAUCAUCAAGUCUGAGAUCCUGGACGAGUCGGACAUGUACACUGACAAUCGGACCCGGAAGCGGGUAUCUAUGAAGAACAAACGUGACUUCUCUGCCUUCAAGGACGCUGACAAUGAACUUAAAGUAAAAAUCUCACCCCAGCUGCUUCUGGCUGCUCAUCGAUUCCUGGCCACAGAGGUAUCCCAGUUCAGCCCCUCUCUGAUAUCAGAGAAAAUCCUGCUCCGCCUGCUCAAAUACCCAGACGUCAUUCAGGAACUCAAGUUUGAUGAGCACAAUAAGUACUACAUUCACCAUUACCUGUACACCCGGAACAAGCCGGCCGACUACUUCAUCCUCGUCCUGCAGGGGAAGGUGGAAGUAGAGGCCGGAAAGGAAAACAUGAGGUUUGAGACGGGAGCCUUCUCGUACUAUGGGACCCUGGCCCUGUCCUCGGCAGCCUCGGACCGGUCCCCAGCCCACCCAACUCCACUCAGCCGCUCGGCCUCCCUCAGUUACCCGGACCGCCAUGCAGACAUGCCGUCCUCUUCAUCCCUGGCAGGCAGCAACCAGUUUGGCAGCUGCAUUCUGGGCCAGUAUGUGUCUGACUUCAGUGUCCGCGCGCUGACAGACCUGCAGUACAUUAAGAUCACGAGGCAGCAGUACCAGAAUGGGCUGCUGGCUUCCCGCAUGGACAACAGCCCUCAGCUUCCUUUGGAUGGCUGUGCCACCUGCUCAGAGAACUUUACCGAGAAGUCUGAGCUGCCUGUGGUGGAUGAGACCACAACGCUUCUCAAUGAACGCAACUCCUUGCUGCACAGAGCCUCCCAGGAGGGCGCCGUCUGACAGGAGGGCCCGGGGGCUCCUGCCCACCCUGCAGGGGUCUCCCCAGUGGGCCCAUUUGACGUCAGGGAGCCUGUUAGGCUAGAAGGGGUGCAGGUAGAUAUCCUGCAUGACUGAGCAACUAGACAUCCCUCCCAGGGGAUCUGGCUGUGGAUGGGGACCUCUCAACAGCUCUGACAUGAUGCCUGCCCAGUUAGUGAGCGAAGGCUGUUUAUGUCUUUUUUUUUUUUUUUUUUUAAACACUGAGAGAAUUUUUAAGCUAGGCUCAUUGCUCCUCUUUUUAAAUAUCAUUUUGGGAAGGGAAUACAGGGUUAAGGAACUUUAUGUAAAAAAAAAAAAAAAUUUUUUUUU